AUGGCCCUCAAUCCUCCUUCGAAGCGCCCUGCUCAACCGGGCAGACAUAAUGGCUCCGCAGCAGCCCGGAAGCGCGCCAAAACCUACGACGCUCGCACUUUGGCCGUCCAGUCUGCAGACGCGGCUCUGUCUGCUUCAGGAGAGCUUGAUGUCGCUGCGUACGUUGGAUCUAGGGAAUUUGAGAUUCGCGCCUUGGAGGUGGGCAUACAGCGGUCUAAGACUGCCUUGACCACUCGUGCGUUCCAGCAGGUGCCUAGGUCGAUGAGAAGGAGGACGGCAAGUCAUAAUGUGAGGAGGGUGCCGAGCAGGCUGAAGGCACGCGCAAAAAGAGAGAUGAUUGAGGAUAAUACGCCAACGGUAACAGCACGACGAAGGAGGCCAACAGAACUCAUGCGAAUUCGAUUGGAGACCGCCAGACGUCUUCAGAAUCUGAAUUCCAAAACCAAAGCGAAACGCGCCGCUUCGAAAGCCAAACAUUGUAAAGAAACGCAGAAGUCCUUGGAGGAGUCCGGCGCUCAUGCCUUCAAUAUUGCCCCUCGUGUUCCUAAGAUUAAGAAAUAUAAGCUCUCGCGCCCACCGCCGCCCGAUUCCAAAUAUAAGAAGCGCCAACGACAUAAGACUUGGCUUCCCACGCACAUGUUCCAUGCGAAACGAGCCCAUAUGACUACGACGAAAGAUCCUCUCUGGCGAUUUGCAAUUCCGCUAUCUCCAACGGAGAAGAGCUAUAGGCCUUCACACCGGGCAAAAGGGGUUAGGGGGGCUGUGGCUUGGGAUAUGAGCUAUAUGUCUACGAUUCAGCUGGAGGGAACAGAGCCGGCUUUGGAGAGUGUUUUAAGAGCUGUUGGUAUCAAUGGGGAAGAUGCUUGGGGCCCGAGGGGCAGGAAAUGGAGAGCAGGGACAAGAAGCUUGCCGGUCUGGACUUUCGAACGCGAACGUCUAGAAAGACCUAUUGCACCAGUUACGUUGAUACAGUGUGCUGAGGCCCGUUCGGAGGAUGUGGAAAUGCUAGACGCUGACAACACGGCUGCUCAAAAUGAAGUGAAGAAGAAAAUGAAUAGAAAGAAGAUAUUCGUCCGAGUUCACCCGGCUGCAUUUCUGCAGCUGUGGAACGAACUUCUCAAAGUUUCGAAGCAACAAAACCCACCGGUCAUGAUCGAAGACCUUCGGUUUGAAAUUGGGAGCAUCGAUAUUACCGGUCCGGGCUCGGCCGAAGCACUCAUCUCGGCCUUAAAACCAUUGACGGAGGAUGGGAAGGAGGCACCGGAAAACAGCCCAGAGGCUACCUGGGGAUCGUUGCUUGGGGUCUCGAAUCCUUCUUCUCUGCCACAGAACGCGCUUAUUGCCUUUUCAGCUUCCGAUCCCCGUCUUCACUUCCCACCUACGAAGAUGAAACCACGAACCUCCGAUACCGAGAUGCAAAAUUUGGCCGUUCUGUUAUCUACAUGGCCUAUUGAUAAAACGCAAACACCACCAACACUUUUCGACCGUCGUGCGCGAUUAGCCGCAGCGCGCCAACUACCUAGCCAAAAGGCUAUAAAUCGACGGCGUACAGAAGCUGGCCCAGGGGUAUAUGCGGCGCCUCUACCUUCGGAUCCAAAGAUCCCAAUAAUUGUCCUUGCGACCCGGUCGAUUGCACAGUCUAGGAACAGCAAUGCCCCGGGCACCUGGACUGUUCUGCUCCCGUGGAAAUGCGUACUUCCUGUGUGGUACUCUUUGAUGUACUGCCCGCUGUCCAGCGGCGGGAAUCCGAGAUUUGGUGGGCUGAAGGAACAGCAACAACUCGCGUUUGAAGCUGGGGAGCCUUGGUUCCCCGGUGAUUUCCCUGGGACAAACGCCGGCUGGGAAUGGGGCUUGCGCGAGCGAGAAAACUCCAAACAGGAAUGGGAGCGGAGACCUAAGGGGCGGAGAGCGGAAUUCGACAGUCUUGAUUUGGGGAAUGGCAAGACCGGAGAAAUCGGACGAGGUUGGGCGUGCGACUGGGAGAAACUUGCUCAAAUUGCAUCAAACAGCGCCAUGUCGGCUUCCAAGAUCACGAAGAAGACGCAGAGUUCCAAAGCCCAGAGUGACACUGUCUCAAACGCAGAAGCCAAUCCUCAGAACGACGUUACUACUGCUCCCCCACUUGGUAUACACCAGUUACAACCGGCCAAGGCUUCUCGUGCAAUAAACGGCCCCCCAACUACCAAUGGAAGUGGAAAUCCUGCUCUCGCCACGGUCCAAAUAUCAUUAUUUAAACGAGGCACUCCUACUCCUCGAGCUCGUAUCUACCGUCUACCUACCACGAACCCAGAACUUCGACAAAAAUGGCUCUCACUCGCCUCCAAUAAAACAGCCGAAUUAAUAAACAUCACACAGGAACGACUGCAGUCAUCGUCCGUGAGUUGUGACCCUGCCGUAGGAAAAGAACAUAUCCAGCAGCGUCUCGCUGCGUCUCUGAUCUCUCUCCCUGCCGUCGACGAUCCUCGCCAGGAAUAUCUGCCUCUUCCGCUCGAAGAGGAUCUCAUUGGGUUCGUGACGACCGGAAAUUAUAAUCUCUCCGAAGGAAAGGGAACCGGUAUCGGGUCGAUCAUGGUGUCUAAAGUGAUGAGUCAGUCCGGUCAGCAGAAAACUAAAGCUCGUGAACAAAAUAUGUGUAUUGUUCGGGGGGCUGGUGAGAGGGUAGGAAGGUUGGGAUAUUGGAAUCUUGUUUGA